AUGACGUCACAGGAACUACUUGAGCGAAUAGAAGAGAGAGUGUUGAUGCCGAAUGGUGGUUGGAGGCCACGUGACUGCGCAGAUAUCCAGGAAUCUGGUCGCAAUGUGAGUGGACGAUACGCCAUCUAUCCUGACGACUGCGCAGAUCCUUUCUUCGUCUACUGCGAUAUGGAAACCGACAGAGGAGGGUGGACGGUGUUUCAGAGGCGCUUGGAUGGCGGUGUUGAUUUUGACCGGGACUGGGCAGCCUACAAGCACGGGUUCGGUUCGGUGACAGGCGAGCAUUGGCUUGGCAAUGAUCGAAUCCAUCGCAUAACCAGCCAGAAACUGUAUCAACUCCGCGUCGAUUUGGAAGAUUUCGAAGGAGAGACGAGGUACGCCGAAUAUCGAACGUUUCGACUCUCUGACGAAAACUCAAACUAUCUGAUGAGAGUGGGUCAUUAUACAGGAGAUGCAGGUAACGCACUGACAUCACACAGCAACCGACCCUUCACGACGAAAGACCGAGACAACGACGCGCACGAAGGCAACUGCGCGGCGACAUUCUUCGGGGGCUGGUGGUACUACGCGUGCCAUACUACCUCCCUGAACGGUCUCUACCUAGCGGGCCCCCACGAGGCGACAUCCCAGGGCGUCAACUGGUCGCCGUGGAAAGGGCAUCGAUAUUCGCUCAAGCGGGCUGAAAUGAAACUGCGCCCUCUGUCGGCAGUGGCAAGGUUAGAAGGAUUAUGA